CCUACCAUGUGACUUGGAGCCACCGCAGCACAGAGCUGGCACUGAGCGCCGCGCACACAGCUGUACAUAGACCGUCUGCUGCUACAUACCGCACCACCAUUCAAAAGAUGUCAGGUGAAUUGCCAUUAAAUAUUAACAUCAAGGAGCCUCGCUGGGACCAGAGUACAUUUGUUGGAAGAGCCAAGCAUUUUUUCACAGUAACUGACCCCAGAAACAUCCUUCUGUCUAAUGACCAGCUGGAGCAUGCUAGGCAAAUUGUUCAAGACUACAGGCAUGGGAUUGUGCAGCCAGGGCUCACUGAUGAUGAACUGUGGAGAGCUAAGUAUGUAUAUGAUUCUGCCUUUCACCCAGACACUGGUGAAAAGAUGAUUCUGAUCGGAAGGAUGUCUGCUCAGGUACCGAUGAACAUGACCAUCACUGGCUGCAUGAUGACUUUUUAUAGGACAACGCCAGCCGUGAUCUUUUGGCAGUGGAUUAACCAGUCUUUUAAUGCCAUCGUUAACUAUACAAAUAGGAGUGGAGAUGCUCCCAUCACCGGAAGCCAACUGGGAACAGCUUAUGUUUCUGCCACCACAGGUGCUGUUGCCACAGCUCUAGGACUUAACGCACUAACCAAGCAUGUUUCACCACUUAUAGGAAGAUUUGUCCCUUUUGCUGCUGUUGCUGCUGCUAACUGUAUCAACAUCCCAUUAAUGAGGCAACGAGAAUUAAAGUAUGGUAUACCAGUCACAGAUGAAAAUGGGAAUCGAAUAGGAGAAUCUGCUACUGCUGCUAAACAAGCCAUCACUCAGGUGGUCGUCUCCAGGAUCCUGAUGGCUGCUCCUGGCAUGGCCAUCCCUCCAUUUAUAAUGAACAGUUUGGAAAAGAAAGCAUUUCUUAAGCGAUUUCCAUGGAUGAAUGCCCCCAUACAAGUAGGAUUAGUGGGAUUCUGUUUGGUAUUUGCGACACCACUUUGCUGUGCAUUAUUUCCCCAAAAGAGCUCAAUGUCUGUGUCACGCCUGGAGCCUGAACUGCAAGCAUACAUCAAGGAAAACAAUCCAGGGCUGGAGAGAGUCUACUUUAAUAAAGGAUUGUAAUCCGGCCUGUUCAGUCACCUCGGAGGGCCAUCCCUUAUCUGGAAAUGUGUCUUCUUGACCUCGUAGGAAAGAGAAAGACGGUCCUAAAUUCCAUUUUACUGAAGAACACAAUAUAUUUGUUUUAUAUGUUUUAAACGAAAUG